UUUAUUUUGUCUUUUUUCUGCUUGCUAUCAUUUUCCCGACACUUUUAAAACUCUCUCGUUUUUUAGCCCGUCUUUGAAAUUCAAAGCCGAAGGCCAUCAACGAAAGUAGCACCCUUCAUACUUUACCUUCUCUCACCUCUAAGACAACCAAAUAAGGGUUUGGCAUCUGUGACGCUAAGAUUUAACAAUCUGUUUGAAUAUAUACUCACCAUGAAGUUCCUAGAAUACACUCCAUUUGACCGAAUAAAUGAUUUCUUGAGAGAACUAAACCUUGGUGAACGUACCAUCAAAGGGAGCCUUGAAGCAUACUCUUGCAAACACACAGGAACUGAUAAAAGACUUUCUCUCAGUUUGGAAAAUGAGAUCCUUGACUCUCUUGGGAAAUCUUCAGAUACCGACUCCUCACCAGUUGAAUUCCUGUUGAGCAGAUCAAGCCGGAAGACGUUGAUCUACUUGGUGCUUACCCUCUAUCACAUGUAUCCAGAUUAUGACUUAAGUGCAGUUAAAGCACACCAGUUCUUCACUGAGGAAAUCUGGGAUACUUUUAAGCAGAUUUUUGAAACCUACAUGCUUGAAGCCUCAAAGGAAUGGAUUGAGACAUACGGGGGCAGUUCACUCUUGGAAACUGUGUAUAAGGCUCUAGAUGAGGUUGUGAAUCUCUCGGAGUGUGAAAUUUACAGUUAUAAUCCGGACUCUGAUGCAGAUCCCUUUCUGGAGAAAGGGGCAAUAUGGUCCUUCAGUUUCUUCUUUUACAAUAGAAAGUUGAAACGUGUUGUGAGUUUCAGCUUUUGCUGCUUAAGUAAUUUGGUGGGUGAUGGAUUCCUUGCUGACAACUUAUGUUCUGAGGAAGAUGGUGAAAUAUUUGAUAACAUGGACAUGUAACCAUUAACAUGUACAUCCUGCUUGUAUGUGUACUGUAGAAACCCUUAGAUAUAGUGUGUAGUUAUGUAAUUGCAAUGUUGCUCACAUUGCGCUAGCUGAGUAGAUUAGCUCUUCUAUGUCGCUGUGUACAUGUAGUAGGUAGUUAUGCCAUAUGCAAAUGGAAAAUUGAUAUUUGAUGUCUGUAAGAUCGUGUGGAGUUUGAAUUUAGGUUUAUGAAGGUGUUGAAGACAUUAUAA